AUGUUCCGAGUCACCGAGCGCGAGCGGAAAUCCCCGGGAAAACCCCUGAGUGACAGCGCGCUGGCCAAUCAGCGCCCAGCACGCGCCGGCCUGCAGCCAGCACAAAGCAAGCGGCUCCUCCGGAGGGUUGCACCGCAGCAACUUCUGGAAACUUUACCGUAUCCCAUCCUGGAUUUGAACCCCAAGACUCUGACUGCGGUUCUGAAUGAGGAAGAAAGCUAUUAUCAGAUUGGGCCUGCUGAAUACUGCAUCGACUUCUUUAUGCUUUCUGUGACCAUUGCAUUUGCAACACAGUUAGAGCAGUUAAUUCCAAGUACAAUAAAGCUUCCAGAGGAGAGACCUGAAUUUUUCUUUUACUACACUUUGCUGGGAAAUGAUGUCACCAAUGAUCCUUUCAUUGAUCUGAUGAACCCGAACUUUGCACCUGAACGAGCUUCAGUGAGGAUUCGGAGUAGACUAGACGUUCUCCAGCUAUUCUUAUCUUCCCAACCAAAUCUCCAGAUCCAUUUGUGCUGUGGUGACAGAUCAUUGGGCAGCACAGAGGUCUCACUUGCAGGGUUAUUAAAAAGAAACCAAGAAAUAGAUCAGCACCCUGCAGCAGUUGAAGGAGCAUUUACAUUGGUGCCACCUAACAAAGCAAAGCAAAAGGACCCUCCUCUGCCACUUGAGUUGUCUCCGACUGUGGGAGUGUCAGUAACCCUUAGAAAAGAAGGAACAAAAUCUCAGCAAUCUAGUCCAGGUAAAAUGGAACCUGAACCUAAGUCUCCAGUGAUGCAACGAAUAGUUUCUCCUCAAACUGUCAAAACUUCAAUUCCUGAACGAAAGCCUGAGACAGUUGAUAUUGCAAACAUUUCUCCCGAACAUAGUGAUUCUCCUCCCAGCAGAGAUCAGGCAACAGAAAACGAGGUGAAUAGUCUGCAGGGAGAAGAAAAUAAGAUUCAGAAAGUGAUAACUGAUUCUGGUGAAGGUAUAGACAAACAACAAUUAGAACAGCAAUCAGAAACAGCAUUGUAUUCCAAGGCACGUUCAUCUCAGACAGUUAAACCUUCCCAAGCAGAACCAGUUUCGCCAAUGGAACCACAGUGUGGUCCAGCUUUAGUUUCCAAGUUAUCUGAUUCUUCAUCAGCACCAAAGAUUUCUAUUCCAGCAUCAGCCCACCAUUUCUGUUUUGCUCUGGAUAUAAGAAGUAUUAGACAGCUGGAUGUCAGUUUUGCCGUAAAUUGUAUAGUACGGUACUCCUACCCAUUUUUUGGUACUGCAGCCCCAAUCAUGACGAAUCCUCCAGUGGAAGUGAAGAGAAACAUGGAAGUGGUCUUUCCUCAAUCAUAUUGCGCAUUUGAUUUUGCCGCACUACCUCAUCAGUUGCAAGAUACUUUCUUCAGGUUACCUUUGUUGGUUGAAGUAUGGCACAAAGAUAAAAUGGCCAAAGACUUGCUGUUGGGAGUGGCAAGAUUGAAAUUAUCCAAUGUUCUGACAGCAGAAAAAUCUCGCUUUUUGGGACCAUCAGGAGAUCAAUGUUGGCGUCAGACCUACAGUGAGAGGAUACCAGUUGUGGCAGCACAUGGGUCGAGCAACAAAAUUGCUGAACUGUACUACUCCAUGACCCUGGAGGAUUAUAAUUUUGUAAAAACUCAACAUGUUACUGUGUCUGAUUCAUCUCAGAAUUCAAAUAUUGGAUACCAGCAACAGCCUGAUCCUUCAGCUAAGCCUGUUCAGGCUUCAGAGCCUGGUCAUGAACCUGGGCCUCGUGAGACAAUGGAAUAUAAAGCUGCAUUAGAGUUGGAAAUGUGGAAAGAAGUACAAGAAGAUUUGUUUCAGGAUCAGUUGAAGCACAAAGAACUGGCUCACAUGCAGGCCCUUGCUGAAGAGUGGAAGAAGAGAGACCGAGAAAGGGAAGCACUUGUGAAGAAAAAGGUGCUUGAAUAUGCUGCACUUGAGGAACGACUACAAAAAACAUUGGCAGAUUUGGAAAAAAGAGAGAGACAGCUUGCUAAUGGUGAAGUGGAGCUCCAGAGGUUGAGGAGAGAGUUACAGGAUGAGCAUGAUCGGAGUUUGCGAGAAAUGCAAGAGACCACAAGACGUUGUACGGAAGAUUCUGUCCGUCAGGUGGAACUGGAGAAGUUAAAAUUUAACCAGUUGGAACAAGAUAAAUUUCGCUUACAACAGCAGCUCCAUGAAGCAGAACAGAAAUACAAACUACUUGAAAAAGAGUUCCAUCAGUACAAGGAGCAGCAGAGUAGUAAACCUGAAAUUCGACUUCAGUCAGAGAUCAAUCUUUUGACUCUUGAAAAGGUGGAAUUUGAGAGGAAAUUGGAAUCAGCCACAAAAUCCAAGCUGCAUUAUAAGCAGCAGUGGGGGCGGGCGUUGAAAGAGUUAGCAAGGCUAAAACAGCGUGAGCAAGAAAAUGCUAUGGCACGACUUAAGAAGCAACAACAAGAACUUGAACAUAUGAGGUUGCGUUACCUGGCAGCUGAGGAGAAAGAAGUAGUUAAAACAGAACGACAGGAAUUGGCAGAAAUUAGGAAUGAAUUGAACAGGUUAAAGCUACAAGAAAAUAAAGAAGCUUCAGAUCAGCGUGCCCCUGCUGUUGGAAGGGAAGCUGGAGAUCAUGCUCAGCAACCAGACGAGGCUUUGGACAAUUAUCUUACUCGGCUCAUAGAAGAGAGGGACACUUUACUAAGGACAGGGGUAUACACUCACGAUGAUCGGAUUAUCAGUGAGCUUGACAAACAAAUCCGUCAAAUUAUGAUAAAGAGAGGUGGUCAGAGAUGAGACUGAUAUGUCACUGAAUAUUUGUGUGGCAUGUAACAAGACAGCCACAAAGUCAUCUACCAUUUCGCUAAUCAUACCUUUGAUAGAAAAUUAGUGUACAUUUUGUGUAUAUUUCCUACUUUCAUAUUUGGUACUGAGUUUAUGUUGACUUUUAUACAACUAAUAGGUUUUUGAAAAAAUACCUUGAAACAAUUUCUGUUCAUUCUUUGUACAGUAAUUUCUAUUGAUGCGUGAUGUUUUUAAUAUGGGUCUAUAAAUAGCUAUUUUUGAGAGUAAACACCACUCAGAUUCAUUAAAUACCAGUUAAGUUUUAUGCAUUUUUUCUUUGACAGUAUCAAUGGACUGAUAAGCUGAUGCCAUAAAUGCAGAGAAAUCAGCUAUCAAGAAGAACAGAUAUGAAAAUAGUGUCUCAUGGUAAAAACAAUGUCUGAACUAAAAAGAAACAAUUAAUUUUGAAAGGGUCAUAGAAUAUGGAGAUAAUAGCAGGUUCCUGCCUUGUAUACAGCAAUAAAUUCACUACCAGGGAUUGAGAUAUAUGCAAGUUUUGUAACUGUAAUGGGGACAUAUUUUAAUACUAUCUUCCGUUGAGUUGGGAAGAUGGGAAUCUGAAAUGAUCUGAAGGCCAUAAACAAAAUCAAUAUCAAAGAAAUAAUCUGUUUUUUUUAAAAUUGUGUUCAUUGAUAAGGCAGCUAGGUCUCAAUCAUAUCUAAAAGUCCUUUAUACCACAUAUACUGUAUGGUUAAUAUACUCAACCAGUUUGGUUUUAGUCUAUUUGCUAAUUUUGUGACUUGAAGGAUUCCGUCCUUUCAUAGUAAUUACUGUGCAACUCUCAUGAGACAAAAAUUUGACUGUUUAAGUGUACUUGUGUCAUAUGUGACAAAAAUAUACAGUUGCAGUUAAACGAAGUAGAAAAUAAUUUAAUUGUAACUUUUUAGGACAAGUAUUUACCAUGGAGAAGAUGCCAAAUCAGUGUCCAACAUGGUUCUAAAGGCUGGCGGGAGAGAUUUUACAUGAUUUAGUAAUCACACGCAUUGUUUUGUGCUUACUAUAUUUGGCAUUUCAAAGGAGAAUGCACCAAUAUUACUUCAAAUAUUCUGAAAUUAUUUUACCACGACGGUCUUAAUUGAGUGCUUUUGAUCAUUUAGUCAGUUGAUGUUUUUACAUGGCUGAUGAGAAAAUGAUUUUGGGAUAUGUUUUGCCAGGCUGAUUUUAAAAAUUUCAAUUCAACAAUUGUUGUUAAAAAUUCAAUUUAAAGAACAUAUAUAGAUGUGGAAAAAUUGCUCUAAGUUUGGCUAUUUAAAAUUUGUUCUCUGAAGUUUUAUAUAAGUAGAUGAGGAGUAUAUAAUCUUAAUAAAUUUCAACAUUGGAAAAUAAAUUUUAUGUAUUACAAGCAUUUACAGAGGUACUGACCACAGCAUCAGUGUAAAUCUUGCCCCAAAUCUUUCAGUUCAAAGAUUUUAAAGCAUAUUUUUUGAAAAAUAGCUGGAAUGCGGAGCAAGUAUACCUGUAUAGAUGAAGUACUAGUCAGUGUCUUAGUUUUUUUCUGUACACAAAAAUGUUCAGGUUAUGAUUUCAGUUCCUCAAACCUGAGUGCACUUGCUAUAAUUGAUAGUCAAACAAUAAUUUAUUUCGAGCUACUUUUUUCUCCCCUUAUUGAAUCUUUUGUUCUUUUUAAGUGUUUAGAUGGAACAGAGGUGAUUUCAUUGUAACAUGCACAAAUCUAAGGGGCUUUACAGGAUAAAUACUGAGGUGUUGUUUCCCCUAACAAAGACAGUCUCAGGAUAAGGAGUUGAUCAUUUAGGACUGAAUUGAGGAGAAAUUCCCUCACAGAAGUCAUUGUGAAUCUUUGGAAUUCAUGACCCUAGAAGAUUGUGAGUACUCCAUCAUUGAAUAGCUAGACAGAAAUAAAUAAAUUUUGUUCUCUCAGGGAAUUGAGAAAGAAAGUGGAUAUUAAGACCUAGAUCAGCCAGUCAUGUUGAAUGGUAAAAGUCAGAAGUCAUACAACACCAGAUUAUAGUCCAACGGGUUCAUUUGAAAUCACAAGCUUUUGGAGCAGAGCUCUUUCGUCAGGUGAUGUGAGAUAGAAGCACACACACAAAAUUUAUAGACAGAGAUCAAACGAGCAUGUAAUUGGUGUGAGUGAAGUGUCGAAUAAUAAGCCUCUGCAGGUGAUCAAAAGUGUCAGAUUUGUGAGUAAAAUGUCAUCAGCUGAAUAACAAGCAAAGGGUA